ACCCCGCUGGCAUUCAACACUGCUGCCAAACCACAGUUCCCAGCCCAGUUUGGGAAGCUCCAAAGCCACAGACCGAGUCACUCGGCCCUUGCUUGGAAGAACAACCAGGAUAGCCUGCAUGCAAGGAAGAAAGGAAGAGAAAAGGGAGGGAAGAGAAAAAAGAAAAAGGAAAGGAAGGAAAAUGAUCUGAGUCCAACAAAAGAAUGUGUGGCUAGGGUGGCUAGCCUGCUGAAAGGGAACUUUCUAGAAGGCCGUGCACACAGAUGCAUAUAAAUGGAGCCCUGCCUUUGAUCUGGGGCAACUGAUCAGCGAUCAGAUUACAAGGCAUUUCAUCUCCCUGCUCGUCUGCCUUUGAUCUGCAUGGCUCCUUUGAUUUUCCUGGAUUGGGAGCCACGUCUGGGCUUGUGCUGACACAGAUUUUGGGGGAAGGCAGCAGUGGCAGCAGGAGCACAGGAGUGUUGCCAAGAAGAAAGCUGCUGAAAACGAACUCUGCAACAGUUGACAUAUUCAAAGGGGGAUGGCUUUCAAAGGGCUGCUGGAACAGGAGAAGGUUUUGCUCACUGCUGCAGUCUUACUAAUUUCUUUGGCACAAAGAGGGCUUUGUGAAACGAAUGACUGUAGACAGCAGGAAUUCCGGGACCCUUUUGGAAGCUGUGUCCCCUGCAGGCAAUGUGGACCAGGCAUGGAAUUGUCGAAGGAAUGUGGCUUUGGCUAUGGAGAAGAUGCCAAGUGUGUAAGGUGCCGACCCCACAGGUUCAAGGAUGACUGGGGUUUCCAGAAGUGUAAGCUCUGUCUAGACUGUGCACUGCUCAGUCGAUUCCAGAAGGUCAACUGCUCUGCCACUAGUGAUGCUGUCUGCGGGGACUGUCUGCCCGGAUUUUAUAGGAAGACAAAGCUCGUUGGCUUUCAAGACAUGGAAUGUGUACCAUGUGGAGACCCCCCACCGCCUUAUGAGCCACUUUGUACCAGCAAGGUCAACCUUGUGAAGAUUCCCUCCACAGCCUCCAGCCCUCGGGACACGGCCCUGGCAGCUGUCAUCUGCAGCGCCCUGGCCACUGUCCUCCUGGCCCUGCUCAUCCUCUGUGUCAUCUACUGCAAGAGGCAAUUUAUGGAGAAGAAGCCCAGCUGGUCUUUGAGGGCACAUGACAUUCAGUACAGUGGCUCAGAACUCUCAUGCUUUGACCGGCCUCAACUUGGGGACUCCACAUGUAGAGCGUGUCCUCAGUGUCACCAGGACUCUGCCCACACCUGUGGGCCUGUCCAUCUGAUCCCAUCCCUGUGUUGUGACGAGAGCUGUCACCCAGCUUGGCUACCUCGGAGCUGUAGGCUGCACACCAGGGCCACACUUCAGGAGAGAAGUACAGGUCCAGCAGGGGACACGGGCUCACCAGCUUUCUUUGGGUCCCUGUCACAGUCUGUCUGCGGUGAGUUCUCAGACGCCUGGCCUCUGAUGCAAAACCCCACUUGUUGUGAUGACACCUCAUCAUGCAACUCCUACCCUGAGCUCACAGGAGAAGACUUGUAUUCGCUCAACCCAGCAAGCAAAAGUUCAGUGUCCCUGGACUCCAGUGGUCCUCAGGAUCAGGCUAGUGGUGGAGGCAUUCUGACCCAAGCUCAUUCUGAGAACUUUCCAGAAACUGCUAGUUUCUCUCAACCUGCCAACUCACAAACAGAGCCAGCGCUGUCUCAGGAUGCCCUGGCUACUUGGAGCCAGAGAGACCAAGAGAGAAGUGAUGUCCCUAACCUAGCCACUCACAUGUCAUUCCAGGAAGCAUAAAGGACUUGCUUCUCUGUAGCAGAAGAGGAUGUGUGGGAUCUGGUGGAGACCUUGCCACUCCGCUUGGGCUUACAAACAGUACAGCUUGGAUUUUGCAUGGCUGCUGGGGAAGAAGCAAACCUGAACCAAAUUGAUGGAAUUUUCAGCCUUUCCACCAGUUGCUUCUGAGCCAGACCAACAGAAGCUGAAAACUCAAGGACUGCCAGGCAGGCUCCAGACACUUGUUUUGUCUUUGUUGGAUUUGAAGCUUCUCUGUCAUGAGCCUGCCCUCCAAGACUCAUGAGGGGAGUGUGCAGCCUACCAAGUAAUGGGCGUAGAACCAGCUGCGGAAAUGCAUGGAUUUCCCCAAGAUUGCACAGGUCUGCAGGCUCAGGACACACCCACCCACCCCUUCUUUCUAGCAGCUCUUUACAUGAGCUGGUUACCUUACUACAAGGUCAAUGGCAGAUUCACUCCUUUAGUUUUAUGGGGAGUGAGUUCCAAAGUUCUGUUUGGCAAAGGCUGUGUGUGUGUGUGUGUGUGUGUGUGUGUGUGUGUGUGUGUGUGUGUGUGUGUGUGUGUUUAUCAUUUAAGUUCAGAAGGUAAGGGCUAACUUCAGACUUCCUGUGGCCCUCCCUAACUCCCAAAAGAAAGAUGGGUCAGUUGAGAAAAAGUCUCUUCCAUGAUGACAUGUCUGUCAUCAGCCAGAUUCAUGACACCCUCCAGGGGCAGGCAGUAAGAGGGAUCUGAGUUAGGGAAGGCAGCUGGGAAAUAGUCACAUAUCACCCUGAGCUUAAAACACAUCACUGUGUACACAUAUCCUGGGGACAAAAGUGAGUGUAUUUCUGUGAUAGCUAGAUGACAGUCUUUUGUCCCUGCGACUGAGCUUUAGAUGAUCCAGAAUGUUUCUAUUCUAGAAGGCUUUCUUUAUAAAGAAUAUAAUCUUUUACUUGUAUAGUACCAUAUACUAAUGACUUUAGGAAUGACAAGAUGUCAGGGCCCCUUCCUACUGAAAUCUUACACCUGUGAGCCAUCUUAGAAGACUAUAUGGCAUAUUAGGACCAGAAGAAUAUGUGCAAUUUGUGGCUUGAACCACCUGCAGCUACCAUAGUGAAACUUAGUUAUCACAUGAUCUCCUACCUUAGUCAGGUGAUGCUGGGUGAAGUGUGGGUUUUCUAUGAAGGCACUUCACCCCUUACCUUACCACCUUGCUAUUUGCACACUAGGGUUUAUCUCCAGAGGGAAAACCUGAAUGAACCAAAUUCAGCCAUGCACUUGGAGAUGGCCCAUUUGUCCUGAGCCUUUAUGCCCUGCAGAGAAAUUGAGCAGAAUUCUUGUCUUCUCUGCUGAAACCUACAUCAUCUGAUUUGGCCUUUGUCUUUGAACUACUAGUAGCUUUGUCACCUUUGAACUUAAAGAAAUAGAUAUUGAAACAGCCAUGUGUUUGGAAUACACUGGGAUUUGUGCUUCAGAACUGCCCUGCCCAAAUCAGUCUUACCUAUAUUUAAAAUAUAUCUUUCCUAAGACUUUUUUUUUCAACUUUUCACUUAUUACCACGUGUUUUUUUCCCUUGCAAGGGAUGUUAGUGAAAUCAAAUGAGCCCAGUCCUCAUGGCUGGAAUUCCUCCUUUGAAGUUUCAGGUUACAGUGUGUUAAACUGGCCCAAGUUUGUGCUGACCUCAACUCCUUUUAAGUGUCAACCUAGUUUCAGCUAUAAUUAAGGACUUAUUUUCUUUUUUAAGAAAAUAUGAAUCUUUUUUUAAAAAGAGAGACACACCACAGUACCAAAGCUUCUUCUAGUGCACUGGGGGCCAGGCUUGAACUCAUGUCACACAUAUGGCAAAACAGUGCACUAUUCAAGUUGACCCUAAACUGUAGUGGUUACAUACACACACACACACACACACCCCUUAUUGGAGGAUUAAUGGUUUACAGUACAACUGUACAUAGAUACAACCUCUCAUCUCCCCAUGAUAGAUGUCUGCAAAACACUCUCACCCCCAACUUAGGACCUUUCCCACCCCAGUGUGCCAGGCUACCAUUUCCGGAGAGAAAAGAGACCAGGAACUAGUGGUGGAGCAGGACCUCAAAUCUUAUUCAUGUGGGUGUCCCAGGGUCGGGUGUGAGGACAGUGGGUUUAGGCCACAUGGAGCUAGCAAAAUGGUUCCACUAUGCAUGCCAGCCCUUCCCCAGGUCUUCUCCAGGUCGGGACAUGGAAGAGAAAAAAGGAUGAAACCAGGGACAGCAGUGGGCUUUAUAGGGUAAAAACGGAAGUGGCAAGUCAGGAAUGGGAUUGGCUAGGAAAGAGGGUGGAGAAAACAAGGUACUCUGGGAAGGUAGAAAGCUUCCAUAGCAGCUGUUGCGAAGGUUCUAACCAGUGGGAUUAACCAAUACCCUGCAGGCAGGGCAAGUCUCAGGCAAAACAAUGAUUAUGUAAAUAGACCACAGCAUGCAGGGGAGCUGGCAUAAUGCCCAACACCAAUGCCCUCUUUUAGCCCCUCUCUUCCCUCCUUCCCCAGAGUCCUUUUCUUUGUUGCAACACACCAACCCAGUCCAAGUUCCACCUUAGGUUUUCCUUUGCUGUACUUGAAACCAAUAGUUCUUAAGCAUCACUACUCAACAACUCAUGUGAGCAUAGUUUAUAGGAAAUUCAUUUAAAAUACUUAGGUUUUGACCACAGUAUGUCUGUAAAAAUGUAAAUUGAGUUUCCUUGAGUGGCUUCACUGUAGUUCACAUAUGGGUGCCACUGUUUGCAGUCUGAUCAUUUGGAUUAUAGCAGAGAUGAUCACAAUAGGCCAUGGUUGUGCUCUUUCUUAUAACCCUGAUACAUUUUCCAUAUGUAGAGCCCUCAUCAGUGUCAAGGACAACCCUUGCUGGAGAACUAGGUUGAUGGGGAUGAGACUUUGGCCAAGAAACCCCAAAACAUCUCUUUUGAUCAAUAAAGAUAUUUCAAGAUGAAGAAGUGUGCCUGAUACUGCAUUGGAGAAAUUCUGGCUUACUUUUGUCAAGAUGAAGCCAUUUUAAAACCACCACACUGGCUACAGAAAUGUGACUACCAUUUGUCAGCACUUGGAGAAAAAAAUAAAGUUGGCAUUUCUUAGUGUUGGAAUACCCAUCAGCACUCAAAUUAUCAGGAAUGCUUGUGAUCAAGAUGUCUUAACACAGUGGCAACUCAACCAGAAAAAGUCAAGACUUCAGGAAGCACACACAAGAAGUCUUGGGUUUCAUAGGUUUGUGUACAUGGAAUUUAUUUGUUCAGAUAGAGAUUUUUGUUUCUCCUUUAGGUGUGGUGCUAAUGCUAUAGCCACCUAGGUUAAGCACUAUUGUCUAUGCUAGUGUGAAAGCAAUACAAUAGAGGUAAGAUAAGGAGAACUAGCCAUCCUUGUUUUGAGUAGUCAGCUUGAAUCAAUUUCCAUUUCAUGACUGUUUUGCAUACUGGAAUUAUAGAUGUGUACAUUUGUGUUCUUCUACAAAGAGUUUUGUAAUACGUUUUUUUAAAAACAAUAUUGUGAAUAAAAUUGAUAUCUGGUA